AUGGCUAUGGGCUGGAUCGUCCUUAUUUGCUGGUGCUUUGGCCAGUUGAGCGCCCAGUCAUUCAAUAUAACUUAUCCCACAUAUCUGGAGUUGGAGGACAGAUUACUUCGAGUACUUUUGCGAUUAAAUUUGGAAGAAGAGUAUAAUACCUUGCUGGUCUAUGGAAAGGAAUGUGUGUUCCAUUCGUUACUAAGACGCUUGGGGAUCCCCACAGUCAUUGUGGGGUCGGAAAGUACCAAUUAUGAUUGGACCUUCAGUACCGCGACCCUCAUACUGACCUGUGGAUCUGAUGCAGAGAUAGAGGAGAACUCAAACACCCUACUGAAGCUGCAGAGAACCAGGCGACUAAUCUACAUACAGGAAAAUAUUGAACCAGAGUCUAUUUGUAACAAAUAUUCGCAGAAGGAGCAGCACAACAUUGCUAUGGUGAAGUCAAGCUUUUAUCAGUCGGAUACCAUCUAUUCCUGUCGCUACUUUCAGACACCCAACUAUAAAGAAGGACACUUUUUUGAAGACCAACCCAUAUACAUUGAGAACUUUCAGAAUAUGCAUGGGAAUACGAUUAGAACAGUGCCAGAUCGUUUGGUGCCUCGAACCAUAGUUUAUCGGGAUAAGAAGACUGGCGACACCAAGAUGGUGGGUUAUCUGGCCAACAUGAUGAACACCUACGCCCAGAAACUGAAUGCCAAGCUGCAGUAUAUAAACAUUACAGAGCUAGGAGUUCAGAAAGCCACUAUGGAUGAUGUUUUGAACUGGGCAAAGGAGGACAUUCUGGACAUUGGCACCGCAUUGACCAGUUCCUUGCAAUCUAAGGGUAUGGAUAACGUAGGGUAUCCCUACUUGCUGACCGGCUACUGCCUAAUGGUUCCAGUCCCCGCCAAGCUGCCCUACAACAUGGUGUACUCGAUGAUAGUGGACCCACUGGUUCUCAGCAUUAUCUUUGUUCUGUUGUGUGUGUUCUCGGUUCUGAUAAUCUACACCCAAAACCUUUCCUGGCGGAACCUCACCCUGGCCAACGUCCUUUUGAAUGACAAAAGCCUUCGAGGUCUUUUGGGCCAAUCAUUUCCAUUUCCCCCCAAUCCCAGCAAGCACCUCAAGCUUAUCAUCUUCGUCCUGUGCUUCGCCAGCGUUAUGAUCACCACCAUGUAUGAGGCCUAUCUGCAAUCGUACUUCACUCGCCCUCCGUCCGAACCGUUUAUUCGCGCCUUUCGCGAUAUCGGAAACUUUUCGCAAAAGAUGGCAAUAAGCAGGAUUGAAGUAAAUGUCCUUACCUCCUUAAACAAUUCUCAUUUUCGGGAAAUCAGCGAGGAUCACCUGGUGAUUUACGACGACUGGUCAAAAUACCUAGACCUGCGUGACUCCUUCAAUACCAGUUUUAUAUUUCCGGUUUCUGUGGAUCGAUGGAGUGGGUACGAGGCGCAACAGAAGUUUUUCGCCGAGCCCGCCUUUUAUCUGGCCUCCGAUCUAUGCUUCAAUGAGCUUAUAUUCUUCAGUGCCCCCGUGCGACGAUAUCUGCCCCAUCGACACCUCUUCAAUGAUCACAUGAUGCGGCAGCACGAGUUUGGCUUGGUGGGGUUCUGGAAGAGCCAGAGCUUCAUUGAAAUGGUUAGAUUGGGCCUAGCAUCCAUGAAAGACCUCAGUCACAAGCAAAAAACUGAGGAGAGCUUACUGCUAGAAGAUAUUUCCUGGAUACUUAAGCUUUAUAUGGGAGCCAUCGCACUGAGUAUUUGUUGCUUCAUACUGGAGAUAUCUCGAUGCGGUGAGAGGUGCAGUCGGUUGUGGAGGCGCCGGAGACGUUUGGAAGUACCCAUGGUUUUGGUGUCUUCGGGUAGCACCGAAUUCGAUUGGGUUUACACUAGCCUCACAUUGAUACUCAGUUGCGGCCCAGAAGAGGAGAAGGAGGCGAAUUACCGAACUCGUGUUAAGCUGCAAAAAAACAGAAGAUUGAUCUUUUUACCAGAUCACAUCCAGCCGGAUUCUGUAUAUAAUAACUAUUCACUUGUGGAGCAAUAUAAUGUGGCGAUGGUAAAAGAAGACUUCAAGAAGACGAGAGUGAUAUACGCCUGUCGCUUCCUCUUACAUCCCAACAUUGUGGAAAAAGAUCUGAUGACAAGUGAUCCAAUUUUUAUUAAAAACUUUCAAAAUAUGCCUCGAAAACCGAUCAAAGCAAUCGCAGACCUAGUGGCUCCUCGAUUCAUGGUGUGUGUGAUUGCAAAAAGCGGAGAAAAAACGCUAAAGGGCUAUGUGGGCAAUCUGAUCAAUAACUAUGCACAGAAGAUUGUACUGCCCAAAUUCGAAAUGACAUCGCUGAUAACUACGAAUAAUUCCCAAUUUGCUGAAAUAAACAAACGUGAACUACUAAUCAUUGACGGAUGGAAUGAUUAUCAUAAUUUGCGUGACACGCUCAACCUAAGCUACGGUUAUUUAGUGACGGAAGAUCGUUGGAGCGUCUAUGCCGAGCAGCAGAAACUCUUCAAGAAGCCCAUUUUCUACUUCGCAAAGGACCUUUGCUUCUCCCGCCCACUUUUCAUGUCCAUUCCUCUGCGAAGACAUCUGCCGUACUGUCACUUUUUCGAGGAACACAUAAUGCGGCAGCAGGAAUUUGGCGUGGUCAGUUACUAG